AUAUCACAACGUUUGUUUCGUCACUCAGCAAAUUGGCUUUGCCCCAGAGUUCAUGCUCUUCGCCGUGAAACAACGUCAUCUGUGAGCGACCAAAUACCGGCGUUGAAGCCUAGUCUGCAGCCCCACUCCAAAUUACACCGUUCGGGAUCCCCACUAUCGGCUCCUAGUAUCUCUGCAGUCUUGGAAAAUGGCUGCAAUGCUAACUCUACUGCUCGGAUUUUAUAUGAUAACCUUGUGCCAAACUGCAAACAAGCCUUAGCUGACACUCGAAUUCCAAUUGCCUCGUAUGUUAGUGAAGCCUCGAGAUCUGUUCUGGCUUCACAUCCGUCGAGACGGAUUUCUUUGCCACUGUCAAGGAUUCCCAUGUCAUUCCAGAUUGCAAAAGAGCAUGAGGGGACAAUUGGGUCCUUAUCGAGAGAACAAAUGAGCGAAAGUUAUAUUAAGAAUUCGUCGGGAAUCACCUUGACAGCUGCUAGCUCCUGGCCUAAUAGAAAUGAGGCCAGGGCGACCGGUCCUGGUGAGAUCAGCUCAGCAGAGCUGGGGCCAACCCUUUUGGCUCCAUCUGAACUAAAAAGAAUUGAAUCCAGACCUCUCACAGGAAGCGAUCAGCUAAAUCGACGAAGCUUUCAAGUACAGGUAUAG